AUGUCUGAGCGGAAUACUCCGGCUACUUCGCACGACAGAGGCGACGAGCCUUCGCGAGCAACGAAGAAGAUAAUUCUAAAUGCAUUUGUGGAGAUGUGCAGCGGGCAUCAAUCUCCCGGCCUCUGGGCACAUCCUGAUGACCACUCAAUCGAAUUCAACGACCUCGAUCAUUGGGUCCGACUCGCUCAAAUACUCGAAGAUGCAAAGUUCCACGGCAUUUUCAUCGCGGACGUGCUGGGCGGAUAUGAUGUGUAUGGCGGUCCUCAGAAUCUCAAACCUGCGAUUAUCUCUGGCGCGCAGCUGCCUGUCAACGAACCUCUCGCUGUGGUUCCUGCGAUGGCUGCUGCGACAAAAAAUAUCGGUUUUGGUGUCACUGUCUCGACGAGCUACGAGCAACCUUACCAUUUAGCACGCCGCUUAUCAACCGUAGAUCAUUUGACGAAAGGCCGGGUCGGCUGGAACGUGGUAACGGGCUACCUUGACAGCGCAGCCCGAAGUCUUGGCCACAAGGCGCAGGCGCAACACGAAGACCGAUAUGCGAUGUGCGAGGAGUACAUCGAAGUCAUGUACAAGCUUUGGCAAUCUUCCUGGCGAGACGACGCAGUGAAGCUAGACAAGCGAAGACGGAUUUUCACAGACCCUGAUCUUGUUCGGGAGAUAAAUCACAAAGGUAAAUUCUUCGACGUUCCUGGCCCACAUUUAUGUCAGCCGUCUCCCCAAAGGACACCUGUGAUCCUUCAAGCAGGCACUUCGAAAUCGGGAAAGGCAUUUGCGGCGAAACAUGCUGAAGCCGUGUUCCUGUCUGGCCAUACACCAGCUGCAGUCGCAAAAUCUGUCAAGGAUAUCCGGCAGCAAGCAGAGAGCUUUGGCCGUGAUCCACAGAGCGUCAAAUUCCUGGUUAAGAUGUGUCCAAUUCUGGGUAGGACUCAAGCCGACGCUGAGGCCAAAUACAAGGACUUACAGUCGUAUGGUUCCUUUGACGGCGCCAUGGCGCUUUUCGGCGGCUGGACAGGUAUUGACAUGGCACCCUACGGAGACGAUGAAGAACUACGCCAGGUUCAAACGAAUUCGAUACGCUCAUACAUGGAGAGUUUGGCAAGUAACGCUCCGAAGGAGGGGAAAUGGACCAAACAUACACUUGCUCAGCAUAUCUAUGUAGGAGGAUUGGGUGCUAUAGCUGUGGGUACACCUGAGCACGUUGCGGAUGAGUUUGAGCGUUGGGUACGCGAGGCCGAUGUGGACGGCUUCAACAUUGCGUAUGCGCUCAUGCCGGGCACUUUUCAGGACGUAGUCGCACUGCUCCUCCCAGAGCUCCGACGCAGGGGCAUCUUUUGGGACGACUAUUCAGUCCCAGGUGGGACGUAUCGGGAGAAUUUGCAAGGCACUCCUGGAGAACCGCAUCCACGCGCAGACCACCCAGCUGCGAAAUUACAGUGGCAUGGACAUGAGCGAAGCUUUAUGUCUGAACAGCUUCCCGUUCUCUAA